GGUGGGUGUGUGGAGGCCGUCACGUGACUCUGCGUCUGGCUGCUGGCACUGUGGUAUAAAUCCUCCUCUUAUAUUUAGUCAGUCCUUUCCUCCAAGCGAAGCCGCCGUGUCCUCAAGUCCAGGCUACAAAGUAGCUUCGACUUCUUCAUUCAUGGCAGACCAGGCUUUUGUGACGUUGGCUACCAAUGACAACUAUGCUCGGGGAGCCAUGGUGUUGGGCAAGUGCCUCCGCAACCACAAUACAACCAAGAAGCUGGUGGCACUCAUUGGCCCACAAGUGUCAGAGCCUUGCCAGUCCGUGCUAAAGAGAAUCUUUGACGAGGUGAGGGUGGUGGACGUGCUGGACAGCGGCGACACGGCACACCUGGUCAUGAUGAAGAGGCCUGACCUGGGUGUCACCUUCACCAAACUCCACUGCUGGACUCUCACACAUUACUCCAAAUGUGUUUUCAUGGACGCGGACACACUGGUGCUUUCAAAUAUAGAUGAGCUGUUUGACAGAGAAGAGUUGUCAGCUGCUCCCGACCCUGGCUGGCCUGACUGCUUCAAUUCCGGUGUGUUUGUUUUUCGUCCUUCUAUGGAGACUUAUGGCAAACUGCUUCAGUAUUGUACAGAACACGGCAGCUUUGAUGAUUUUUGUCCCCCACUAUCUGUUGCAGGUGGAGACCAAGGUGUCUUGAAUGGCUUCUUCAGCACUUGGGCAACAGCUGACAUAUCAAAACACCUCCCCUUCAUCUACAACCUCAGCAGCAUAGCCAUCUACACUUACCUUCCAGCAUUCAAGCAAUACGGUGGCAAUGCUAAGGUGGUCCAUUUCCUAGGGAAGACCAAGCCAUGGAGUUACACUUUUGACCCCAGAGCUAAACAGAUCGUUGGGAGUGUGCAGGAGGCCACCACACACCCCACCUUCCUCCUGGACUGGUGGACCCUGUACUCCAGCGCUGUGGUGCCCAUGCUGCAGGAGCAAUAUGGAGACCAGCCUUUCCACUCUGGAUGUGUGGAGGAUGAUAUACCUUUCUGUCUUCCUAUUCAUCUCAUAAAGUCCCAGUACAGUGACACGGUCACUUUUGAAAGUGAACAGGGUGCGAUCCUCUCUUCACACGCACAAGCACUCGAACCCCAGAUGUCCUCAGAAGAACGGAAGCAGAAAUGGGAGCAAGGUCAGGCAGACUACAUGGGAAUGGACUCAUUUGACAAUAUCAAGAAAAAGCUUGAUACUUUUCUCAAAUAAAGAAGUAAUGAAGCGGGAUAUCAAAAGAGCACUUGCAGUUUAACAAAUAUCACCAUGUCUCUCAAGAAAAUACUGUAAAACAGGUUGCAUUUUUCCUUCCUACCUGUUACUCAACUAGAGUUGAGUCCCUCCCUCCUCCAGCACUACCCCAUCAGUACUCCAAAGACAACGCCGUUUAAAUGGGAAAUAAAAAGUAAAAUGCUAUGAACGGCUUUAAUUGUCUAUGCAAGACAAGUCAUUUGGCAUUCAGUUUACUCUGCCACAGGUGUCUGUUUUGCUACACUGUGAAAAAAGUCAGGAAAUAUUUUAUAACAUUAAUUCC